AUGUUCAGGACCGCGCUCCGGACGAGCGCCCGCGCGGCGUUCGCCAGCAGCAGAAUCGUGCCAGCGCAGCGAACCGCACCCGCCGUCGUCAACGCCUACCGUGGCUAUGCCGCUGACACCAAGGCCGCACCCACUGAGGUGUCGUCCAUCCUCGAGCAGAGAAUCCGUGGCGUGCAGGAGGAGGCAGGUCUCGCCGAGACUGGCCGUGUCCUCACUGUUGGUGACGGUAUUGCCCGUGUCUAUGGCAUGAGCAAUGUCCAGGCUGAGGAGCUGGUCGAGUUCGCCUCUGGCGUCAAGGGCAUGUGCAUGAACCUCGAAGCCGGCCAGGUCGGUGUUGUGCUUUUCGGUUCCGACAGAUUGGUUAAGGAGGGUGAGACCGUCAAGCGUACCGGCGAGAUCGUCGACGUUCCAGUUGGCGUAGAGCUUCUCGGCCGUGUCGUCGAUGCUCUCGGUAACCCAAUUGACGGCAAGGGCCCAAUCAAGACCAAGGAGCGACGUCGUUCCCAGAUGAAGGCUCCAGGCAUUCUUCCCCGCAAGUCUGUCAACCAGCCCGUGCAGACCGGUCUCAAGUCCAUCGACGCCAUGGUGCCCAUCGGCCGUGGUCAGCGUGAGUUGAUCAUUGGUGACCGUCAGACCGGAAAGACUGCCGUCGCCCUCGACGCUUUCCUCAACCAGAGACGCUGGAACAGCGGCAACAACGAGGAGCAGAAGCUCUACUGCAUCUACGUUGCUGUUGGACAGAAGCGAUCCACCGUCGCCCAGCUCGUCAAGACUCUCGAGGAGAACGACGCCAUGAAGUACAGCAUUGUCGUGGCUGCCACCGCCUCUGAGGCUGCUCCACUUCAAUACAUCGCUCCGUUUACCGGCAUGUCCAUGGGAGAAUUCUUCCGCGAUACGGGAAAGCACGCCGUCAUCUGCUUCGACGAUCUGUCCAAGCAAGCCGUCGCCUACCGUCAGAUGAGUCUUCUGCUCCGUCGCCCACCAGGCCGUGAGGCCUACCCAGGAGACGUCUUCUACCUCCACUCCCGUCUGCUCGAGCGUGCUGCCAAGAUGAACCAGAACUUCGGCGGCGGCUCGCUCACUGCUCUGCCAAUCAUUGAGACCCAGGGUGGUGACGUGUCCGCCUACAUUCCAACCAACGUCAUUUCCAUCACCGACGGCCAGAUCUUCUUGGAGUCCGAACUCUUCUACAAGGGUAUCCGCCCAGCCAUCAACGUCGGUCUUUCUGUCUCCCGUGUCGGAUCCGCCGCUCAGCUCAAGUCCAUGAAGCAAGUCGCUGGUUCCCUCAAGCUCUUCUUGGCCCAGUACCGUGAGGUCGCUGCUUUCGCCCAGUUCGGUUCCGAUCUUGAUGCCGCCACCAAGCAGACCCUGAGCCGUGGUGAGCGUCUCACUGAGCUGCUCAAGCAGAAGCAGUACCAGCCAAUGGCUGUCAACGAGAUGGUUCCACUUAUCUUCGCUGGUGUCAACGGUUACCUCGACAGCGUCCCAGUCAACAAGAUCCUGCGAUGGGAGGCCGACUUCCUCAACCACCUCAAGAGCAACGAGAGCGCAGUGUUGGAGCAGAUUGACAAGGAGGGUUCGCUCAGCAAGGACCUCGAGGCCAAGCUCAAGGACAUCGUGCAGACCUUCACCAAGAGCUUCUCGUAG